UCGCUCGUCACAUCCGCUGAAAGUAAAGUUUGGGGAAGUGCUUGAGGAGGAGGGGGCGGUUGUUGAGCAAAGUUUUGUUAGCGGGGAGAAGGAUAUUCCGAGUAAGUUUCACCGCCGCCGCCCCAAUGUGUCAAUUUCCAGGCGGGUUUGCAGAAUGAAAUAACAUUGGUGAAACCGCAGAGUUGCACCUCUUGCGGCGCCGACCGCUACACACGGGAGAUGAAGCUACUCGCGGGGUUACUGCCCUUCUUCCUCUCGGCGCUGAGCUGCUGCCGAGCCGGCUACUUGCGGCUGGACUUGAAGAUCUCCCCCAUCUCCAACAUCUCCGGAGAGUUGCUCUUGGAAAGGUGGAGUCCCUUGCUCAAUGGCAUCGCCCUCGCCUCUCAGCCCGCUGGUUCGGUCAGCUUCAUAAACAUGGUCAAUAACCUGAAAGGAGACGUUGGCAGGGGCUACUAUUUGGGAAUCCUAAUGGGAACGCCUGCCCAGAAGAUGAACAUACUGGUUGAUACAGGCAGCAGUAACUUUGCUGUGGCUGGUGCACCCUCUAACAAUGUGGAGACCUUCUUCAACCCAAAACUAUCUACCACCUACAAACCUCUCGGCUUGGAUGUCACGGUGAGAUAUACCCAGGGGAGCUGGGAAGGUAAACUUGGCUUGGACGACAUCUCCAUACCUGAAGGUCUCAAUGGCACCGUCACGAUCAACAUUGCCACAAUUCUACAGUCAGAAGAUUUCUUCUUGCCCGGAAUUAAAUGGCAGGGGAUUCUUGGCCUGGCCUACAGACAACUAGCAAAACCGUCCAGUUCCAUCGCGCCUUUCUUUGACUCCCUCGUCAGACAGCUGGAGAUUGCCAAUGUAUUCUCUCUCCAAAUGUGUGGCGCGGGCCUGUCAAUGAGUACAGAAGAGCAAUCAAGUCCCGUGCAAGGCAGUUUGAUUUUGGGUGGAAUUGAACCAAGUCUUUCUCAAGGGGAUACUUGGUACACCCCCAUCGUAGAGGAAUGGUACUACCAAAUUGAGGUUCUUAAGCUGGAAGUGGGAGGACAAAAUAUCAACUUGGACUGCACAGAGUAUAACACAGACAAGGCCAUUGUGGACAGUGGCACCACCCUCCUGCGUCUCCCAGUGAAUGUCUUUCUUGCAGUUGUGAUGGCCAUUAAAGACAGCUCACAGGUCGAGUCAUUUGCCGAUGGGUUUUGGGCAGGAAGUCAGCUGGCCUGCUGGCCACAAGAUUCCAAACCUUGGUCUUUCUUCCCCAAAAUCUCCAUCUACCUUCGAGGAGAGAAUUCCACCCAGUCUUUCCGCAUCACCAUCUUGCCACAGUUGUACAUCCAGCCGAUGGCAGAUAUUGGAACCCUGAUGGAGUGCUACCGGUUUGGAAUCUCCCCGUCGUCCAAUGGCUUGGUUUUGGGGGCCACCGUGAUGGAAGGUUUCUACGUCAUCUUUGACCGAGCACAGAAACGCAUUGGGUUUGCAGCCAGCUCGUGUGCGGUCAUCGAUGAUGUCUCGGUCUCUGAAAUUGCGGGUCCGUUCUUGGCGACUGAUGUCUCGAGCAACUGCUUCAGGGAAAGGCCAAUGACACAGCCCGCCCUCUGGAUCAUCUCCUACUUCCUCAUCGCGCUGUGCAGCAUUACCCUCCUAAUUUCCAUCAUCCUGCUGGUGGUCCCUUGCGGCCAGCGCAACAGCAAUGGCCUCACCGACGACUCGUCCCUGAUCAGGCAUCGCUGGAAGUAACGCCACUCCCCCCCCCCCCGACCGCACACACUUCGCCAAGAACACCUUGGAGCCGACGCGGCGGUAUUUGCACUAACGGCACCGGCGUCCCCUGGUGCCCAACAAACAUUGGUGGCUAAACCCAACCUUAACAAUGUACUUGUAUUACCCUACAAUGCAGACUGCAAUGAAGUGAGCCUGUUACCAUUUGGAAGUUGUCCAAACUGUCUUAGUAAGAAGAGUCUCGACCCAAAACAUCACCCAUUCCUUCUCUCCCGAGAUGCUUCCUGUCCCGCUGAGUUAUUCCAGCAUUUUGUGUCUACCUGUCUUAGUAAGAAGCCUGCUUGAUGCAGGCAUUUUGUGCAGAUCUAAAUAGUGUGAUACUAUGCCCUCGCUUGGAUAGACAGUUAAACUGGAUCCCACUUAGUAAGAAGCUUGCUUGAUGCAGGCAUUUUUGUGCUGAUCUUAAUGGUGUUAUCCUAUGCCCUCGCUUUCUGAAGGAUAAGGUCAUAAGGAAUAGGAGUAGAAUUAGGUCGUACGGCCCAUCAAGUCUACUCCGCCAUUCAAUUGUGUGCUGAUCUAUCUCUCCCUCCGAACCCCAUUCUCCUGCCUUCUCCCCAUAACCUCUGACACCUGUGGUCAUUUUUUUUUUUUUUGUUUAGUGAGGAGUUGCGUGUUAUGAAGUUGUGGGUGGAUUUUCUAAGUGCAAUAUCAUUGUUUCUUGCCUCAGGAUAACAUAGGAGUGAGCUACAUAAAAUGCCGCUGAUCUUAAGAUUCUUGUCCACGGCCAUUUUGAAAAACCUAAAGGAAAAAUGGACAAUUUUUUCUAGUCAAUUUUUCUUCCUUCGGAUCACAAGCCAAUUCAAUUGAAUGAAUCGUGUUUUUUUUUUUUACUUUCCAUUUAUAUCUGAGUGUUUUUUAUAUAGGAAGGAACUGCAGAUGCUGGUUUAAAUCAAUGAUAGACACAAACAGCUGAAGUAGCUCAGCAGGGCAGGCAGCAUCUCUAGAGAGAAGGAAUGGGUGACGUUUCUAUCUGAAGAAGAGUCUCGCCCCGAAACGCCAUCUCAAAGUGAUUUUUUUUUGUUGCGGUGAACUGCCACGGUUAUGGCAAUAUUUUCAUGCUAAACUCUUGGAACUUUGAAGUAACCAACGGAGUGUGCGGUUGUUUUCCUUGGCACCUCCACCCAGCUGGCCGCAGGUGUCUGCAAUGUUCCCAGGUCUGCAUGGUUGUUUAUAACAGCGUCACCGCAGCAUACUGGACCAUUCACUUGCGCCCAACUGUUCUGGUCCUGGCCUCCUUCACACGGUGAGACACUUUAAGGCAGCCAUGAGGUUCUGCUGCCACCCAGAGCCAGCAAGCGGAAUUGCAGCCUUGUAACUUGCUCCACUUAUUUUUAAAUCCAAGUACAGUUCCAGCCAUGCAUGUCCGCACUCCUUUCCUGAACACCCUUUGUGUUGUCAGGACCAGCACUGUUAAUUGGCCGGUUCAUGGUCUCAGUUCUAAAUUACCUUUGCAGGCCUUAACAUUGCUAAAAUGCCACUGUGUAAUUGCAGCAAGCAAGUGGGUCUCCCUUGUAGCUCCGAGAUGAUUAGAUGACAGCGAAAAGCUUGUACCUUUCACAAUGUCACCGCUGGUUUCAGCUUGCACGACUCCAUGGAUUCUGCAGCCUUGUGUAUAGUUUACAGAGGUCUAGUUGGAUGGGAGAUGGGGGGGGAUUUCCUCGUGACCAUUCCGCAACGCACAGGAAAGUCCGAAACUUCUGAGAGAGACUGGUGUAUGGAACAGCUCCUCAUUGUGUUCCCCUGAAAUGUGUCUCUUAUCUACUGGGAGCUAUGAUAAUGAAAUCUGGUCACUUUGAAUGAGAGAUGAGGAUGACUCUGAUGCAGAUGUGUUUGCCUUUGAAUGACCCCAUCAUCAGGAGAGUUUGUGACUUUGAAAUUGCUGGCGAGGUUGAUACGAGUUCUUAAUAAAGUCCAGCAAUGUCUUGAGGUGUGAAAGUAACGCACAUCCUAUUGAUGUAGUUAUCUGCCUAUGGUGGUUUUUUAAAAAAAGAUUUAGAUAAACUAUGUGCCAUACUGAACACCCAGUGCCAACAUCACCUAUCAGCCUGUCGUAUAGAGACAAGCAAACAGUAAAUCUCUCUCUGUUUAGCCCAGCACUCUAGAUUUGUAUCCCUGCAUUGUUUUCAAUUGCAACUUCAGUUCUAUCGGCUUUGAAGUUUAAAUAUGUUUCAGGACUUGGGAAACUUAUUUCAUAUAGGGCCCCCAAUAAAGAAACUGCAGGUCAGCAGUCACACUGAGAGUUAAGCUCAUUCCAUGAAAAUGAAGGAAGCCAAGCCAAAGACACGUUUAAUAACAAUCUUAAAAGCAACUUCUUCACGUCCACCUCAAGUGUUUGUGAAAUAAGGAGAAAAAAAACAAUUGUGCAAUCUUGAAACUUUAUAAAGUGUUUUUGAUAUCUGAAGGAUGUAUUUUCUCAGCGUUACACAGCAUCCCUGUGCUAAUCUCGUUCUUAAAGAUGAAGUCUCUUAAAUGUCCAGCCUUAAAGUUUGCCAAAGUAUAUUAUAAAACUUUUGAUUUCACUCUACUGCGACACAGCCGUCUUGUGAUGAUGUAAGAUGCAAACCAGUCACUUUAACUGAAUAGCACAUUCUGGGCCGAAACCCCAGUGUAUUGAGUCUUAAAUAAAAUGGCUGCCAGUGAUUUUUUUUUUUGGUUCAUAUUAAAUUGAAGAUUGAUAUGUA